CUUUUCCCCAGUACUUUCUGUUCUUUUUCCUGCUGUUCGUGGUCCUCUUCCUCGGAACCAUUUUGGGAUACAUCUUUCGCGAUCGCGUCACCGAAUCGUUCCGGGAGGUCCUGUACGAUGCAAUGACCCUCUACGGUCGCCGCCGCAUGAUGACCAUCUCGUGGGACAUGACCCAGGAGGAGUUGCAGUGCUGCGGCGUCGAAAGUUUCGUCGAUUGGCGCGAUCGUAUUCCGGAUUCGUGCUGCCAGGAUGAUUACGGGGGCCGGAAACGUCCGUGUCAGGAGUUGCAGACUUCGUUGACGAUCUUUAAGGAUGGAUGCUACGACGCGGUGACUAAGGAGCUGUUGAAGAAUGCCGGUUGGCUUGGGGUGGCCAGUGUGGGGUUGGCUUUUGCUAUGGUUCCGGCCAUGGUGAUGGCUUACUACAUGCUGGCUGUGCUUUGAAAGAGGGUGGGAUGUGAGGUGGUGGUCGUAGAGGCGAGUCAUACGAAGACCGAUUGGCGUGGAGUGUAUAACGUUUAUCGGAAAAGGUUAAGAGAAUGGGCAAGCAGUGUGUUUUCGAUGUUACGAG